UUUGUAGGCGUGGAUUUAACUAUUGCAACAGGAAUACGGAAAAUACAGUUUAAAUAAUAAUAAAAAAAGGAUUCUAGUAGCCAGAUGACACAUUUCAAAAUCGAAACGAGCACGCUUGAGUUGGAGUCAUCGAAGAAGCUAGAGAUGCCUUCAAGGACCUUACUUGCCCAUCCAAGCCUAUACUUCAGUAACUUCAAAACACCUGCCAAUCCUGGGAUGAAUACACAGCUGUCUUUUUCUAACAAAGACCUCCUACUUAUUGAAGAGGAGUUGGGCCCCCAAGAAGUUGAAGAGAUACUUUUUUUGUGCAUGGAUUUUGCUCCUCACUCAUCUAUACGAGAACUUUUAAGUGACCUAAAUGAGAGGUCUAUGCUUCUACCUAGUGGGUUAGCUGAAUUGUUAUCCGUCAUAAAAAGGUUUGAUUUACUGAAAAGGUUCCUGAAUAUGUCAAGCGCAGGCGUUAAAAUCUUGCUGGUGUCAAAUUCCAGGAUUCUUUCAGAAUACAGGGUUCUCAUGGUAGAAAUUCACGAAGAGCUGGAAGAGUGUGAUUUGGAGUCUCUUCUAUUUUUAUUGAAAAGUCAACUGAGAAAUGGAGGCAAACUACCAAAAAAGACAUUCCUGUCUUUGGUCAUUGAAAUGGAGAAGGUGAACUUGAUUGGACCAGGGAACUUGGAUGUAUUGGAGCACAACUUAAAAACUAUUCGCAGAAUGGAUCUGAGAAAUAAACUAAUCAAAAAGAAGCAGCCAGAUCAAGGUGCACAGAGAGGUCCCUACAUCAAUGCAUUUAAAGCAACUCCCACACAUAAUAACAUAACAAGUAUUGAGAAUACAUGGAGACCAACAAGUAGUAUGUAUGAAUUAAAAGGUAAAACACCGGUGCAAGAAUCAGCAAAAUUAAGUCAGGCGGCAGAGAUUGAUGAAAGGUACGAAGUGCGCCAUGAUCUCAAACGAUACUGUUUGAUUAUUGACUGCGUAGGAAAUGACGCAAGUCAGCUGGAACUCACAUUUAAUAACAUUGGUUUCGAAGUGGAAAAACAUAUGUAUGUGACCGCAAAAGAGCUGGAAAAUGUUCUCCAAAAAGCGUCAAUGAACAAACAGCUUCAAAAGUGUGAUAUGUUUAUGUGCUUCAUAAUCAGCCGUGGAAAUUCGGAUUCACUAUUUGGAAUUAAUCAAGAAACACCUGAAUUUUCUCUUGACAAAGUUAAUACCUAUUUCACAGGACAGGCAUGUCAAUAUUUGAUAGGAAAGCCAAAGCUAUUCUUUAUCCAUCACUAUGUUGUGCCAGAUGCUGCACCGGCAAGUGCUUGUAGCAUGAUUGAACGAGAUGGGCCUGACAAUUCCAGUAGAGAAUGUGACGGGUGGACACGUUAUAGAAAUAAAUUACCAAAUGAAGCUGAUAUAUUUUGGAGUCACUGUAAAGUGGAGGAUCAGGAACUGCAGAUGUCCCCGGGUACAAGCUCUUUAUAUUUAAGAAACUUGUGCAGUUUAUUAUCCAAUGAAAAAUCAAGGACAAAUCAUCAUUUUUUGGAUAUUCACACCCAACUCAACUCUUUGGUCUUCAAUCAACAACCAAAAUAUUGCUUACAGUUAAAGCACACAUUGACAAAGAAACUCUACUUACCUUCAUUUUGAUAUGCUUCAAUUUAUAUUUUAUCAAAAUACCAUGCCUUCAUAUAUUAAGAAAUGGAAUUUCAUCACUAACAAAAGAAGUUGGAAAAUACAUGUAUUAUAUAAAUUUGUGUAUA